AUGGAAGAAAGAACUAGAACGAUAGCGGAAUCGACCGAGAUCAGUUUAAAGUGCCGUCUUUGCUUGCAUAAUGCAGAUUUUAUGGUUGAAAUUUUUGGUCCGCGAGGCCAGAAAGCGCACAUGACUGGAAUGCUGUUGGAGCAUUUAAAUCUCACGGUCAGAGAAGAUGAAAAUCUUCCAAAACACAUCUGUCUUAAGUGCUGGCACACGGUAGAAUACAUUCAUUCGUUCGUCCGACAGGUGCAACAAAACCAAACCGCCUUGGGGAAUAUGCAGCAGGACAAAUGGAACAACAGUAUCUGUCAAUCGGAAUCGAUGCUUGAAAGUAGGAAAAGCUUCGAAUUUAUUAAAGAUGCAAUUGAAUCCCGAUCAAGCCCACCUUCGUAUGAUGAGGCCCAGAAAACGAAACGUGUAACGCAAAUAGCGCACGAGGAAGUAUUAAUAGAAAUCAUCGAAGAACCGUACGAUGAUGUCUCAGUAAGAAGCGAUGAUGGUCACGGUUCAGAAAUUAUCGUACAUGAUCUACCCCCGGAAGACUCCAACGACAUUGCCACGAUAGAAGAACCCACUUCACAAGGGAAAAACUCCGACUGUGAAACUACCCAGGACGAACAAACGGGUAUAGUCAUUCGAGUGAAUGAUUAUCCAUUUCCGCAGAUGAUUCGGAACGGAAUAAUGAUUGUUCGUGGAGAAGAGUUGGACAAAUGUUUAGCCGCUUAUUACGGUUUAGAGUGUGAACUUUGCCGACAACAAAGCUGGACCACAAUAGAACAACUUUUCAACCACCAUCGGCAGGCACACGGUAAGCAGGGUUUUGUUAACUGCUGCGGUAAAAAGAUUGAAAAGAAAAAGCUCAUGGCAAUGCAUUUGGCAAGGCAUGUACAACCGGAAGCAUUCGAGUGUUCAAUAUGCAAGAAGAUGAUGACAACACCACGCAUACUUAAGUCUCACAUGCAGAAUCAUCUACCGGAGGAGGAAAGACCGUACAAAUGUGAACUAUGUCCACGCCGUUUCGGCUAUGUCAGUGCGCUUCUUAUACACGCUUCCGUACACCGCAAGGAGAACGAAGAAAAGGGUGUCUACCAUCUAUGUUAUGGCUGUGGACGUGCGUUCCGGUCCGGUGAUAAACUGGCGGAACAUAUUUCUGAUGCACAUAAAACCGACGGUAGCAGCAAUUGCGUAAUUUGCGACACGUGUGGUAAAACGUUUAUAUCCAAGAGUAACCUCAACUACCAUCUUACUACGCACCAGCCGAAGGUAUUGCACGAGGUUCAAUGUGAACGCUGUGGAAAAUGGCUCAAGAACAAACUCUGCCUCCGUAAGCACAUGUUACAACACUCCCAGGUUCGCCAUGGAUGUGAUCAGUGCGACUACACAACGGUUAACAAGCAGAGCCUAAAGAAUCAUCAUCGGGUCCAACAUACGGAUCACAAACCAUUCGAAUGUCCAUCCUGUGGUAAAUCUUUUAAACUAAAGAGUAAUCUCCGGGAACAUCUGGCCCAACAUGAAACGAGGAAAAAUUACUCGUGUGAAUUUUGUUCGCGUCGGUUCACCUCCAAAAGCAAUUACUACUGUCACCGCAAGCGAAUGCAUUUUGCCGAGUUGGAGCAGCAGAAGGAACAGAAAGAAUAUGAAGAAAGAAACGAUCGUAUUAGACAUAUACUUCAAAAGUGA